CAGCCAGGCCAACACAAUCAAGUCCCCGACCACCUCCACCCUCCACACCUCAUCACCCUCCACCUUCGACUCAUCCCCACCAUCCUCAACAUUCUCAACCAUCUCCUCCUUCUCAUCCUCCCCCUUCUUCUCCCCACUCGAACAGACCACCAACGAGCCGCAUCCAACAACCCAUCAACCCGAUCACCACCACCACAACCUCCUCGAAAAUCACUCUAAUCACUCUCACUCUUCCUCUCAACCUAGGACCUCCCCCGUCAACCUACACAGCUCUCCAAACAAGAUCACCACCCAACAACAAUCAUCAUCACCCUUCCUCCCAAAACAAUCCAGCAACAACAACAAUAAUAAUAAUCAGUUUCAUCGCUUGGCUCUCGAACUCUCACUACCCGGAACCAACUCAGCACUCGAAUCUGCCCUCAAGCUGCACGACCUUACUCAGCCGCAACAACACCAUCAUCAAUCCAUCGGCUCAAUCCCCACCUCAGACGCUAGCACAAUCGAUCCUCCUAGCUCACAGUCCCGUCGAGGAGCUCCCCCGCUCGAAUCCCCCCGGUUUAAUAGCGCCAGCUAUUAUUCCAUGCCACUGCCCAACUUACCCAGUCCACCAAUCUCUUCCCACUCUCAAUUGCGGAUCCAAAAAUGUCCGUCUUCAACCUCCAAGAACAGUACCGCAAUCACCUCGAGAUCGAAGAAGAAAGCUCGCGGGCCAGGCAGUGACAGGAAUAACACCUCUAGUUUUGAUACCAUCCCGCUCAUCCUUCCCAAAUUCUCGCGCCCUUCUGAACUCAAUCUGCCCCAAUCGCUCCUCGACAGUCGGCCCUCACUGGCUAAGCAGCCUGAUACAUUGGCCUCGAUCUAUAUGGUCUGUGGUUUACCCAAGAACCCUCAGUGUUGGACCCUAGCCCAGCCAGAUUAUCUGCCCUCCCAUCUCCCUGGUGCCGUAUCACGUUUCUGGAGACCAGAGGUCCUUGGGACAACAGUCUCGGGUCAGGAGAUACUCUCAGCACCACCCGCUGAGAAUAACCUGCCAAGCAAUAAUGCACCUAGUCCAGAGGCGAUCGGUAAAGAGGAAUUAUCUAAGAUCCAAAGUAAGGCCAUCAAGCUGGCCUUCGCUCGCGAGGUUGAAGUCAUUGCCUCCACCGUCCAACCCCCAAGCACCACCCAUUGUUUCUCCUUCACCGUUCCGGCCCAACCAGCCGGCGACCAGCACGAGAUCUCGGGAGCGCUUGGCCAUCAAUGGGAUCUCGGUCUAUCCUGCUCGAGCGACUCGACCAGCCGCCAGCCGGCCGAGAAGACCUAUUAUGCCGCUUGUCUACAGGUCUGGUCCCACACAGACCGGCUCCGGGCCGAGGCGAUCUGCAAGACACUCGAGGAGGGCUCCAAGGCCAAAUCGGCCGCCGUCGUCCAGGCCAUCAAGGCGGCUGCCGCGGGACGCAAACUCGGCUCAAAGCUUGAGAAGGCCGUCAACUCUCCCAUGGGCUUCCUCCCCUCCUCCGCCGAACUCUCCGGCAACGCGAUCGUUCAUCAAUCCUCCGGCCCCAACCGGCUUUCCGCUCACUCGGGCUUCGAAUCCACCGACACCGAGGACGCCGAUGGGUUCUUCUCUGAAUCAGAAUGGGAAACCGGUACUGAACUUCUCUCCGAUAACAUCGCCGGCCGACUAGCCAGUAGCAGUCUCAACUUUCAUGACAUUCAGAAUAGCUCGAUAGCCCCUAAUACCCCUCUGUGGUUGCCAUACUGUUUGGUCUUGAUCUCCAAGUUUCCACUCUACGACCUAUUGGUCGAUCAUCUCAAGAUUUCAUGGGCCAGAUACCACAAUUCGAUAUACAAACAUUCCCAAGAAAUGUUAAAGAUGCUCAACUUCUCGUUAUCCAAAUCCUCGCCUAUCAUCAAACUUCCAGUGGGCUCCUCCAAGGAGUCCAACACCAAAUUUAUUGUCAAGUUACCCGGGAAAACCGACUUGAGUAACGGGGGCUUGGAAGAAGUCAACUUUACGAUGUGGCCGUUGUUCAAAUGCUUGAGCAUACAUCAUAUCAUCUCAAUUUAUGAAAUCGGCUUGUCGCCGAUGGGUCGAAUCGUCUUCUUCUCCAGCCACCCCGCGAUUCUUAACAUCGCCGUCGAGUCCUUCAAGCUCUUGCUCGAACUACGAGGCUGGGUCGGCCUCAGUCAGAGCAUCAUUCACUCGAGAGACUUCAAGAUUUACUUGGAAGAUCCAGGGCCGUUCAUCCUCGGGGCCAAUUCCCAAUUGAGGGAUAUAGCUGCCGACGUUUCGCCUGAAAUUAUGAUAGGUGAUCUUGACACCGAUACUAUCAAGUGCCCCAAGCCACAUCCUGAUGCACUAUCCAAAGGACAGGACAGAAUGAAGAUUGAGAGAAAAUUGUACAAUCUCCUGGGCAACUUCACUGGGCCCAAAUCGGUUCCAGUAGAACUUCAGGAAGCUUUCCCAGGCGGUAGAUUCCGGCCAUUCAGUGCUGUUGAGAUCAAGGACCAGCCUUCUGAAGCCGAGCGAUUGCUUCCUCCUCCUGAAUGGAAUUGGAGCCAAACUCGAACAAUUAUCCUUUUUGAUGACGUCAUGUCCAAAAUGCCAAGGAAAGGAAUCGGUAAAAUCCUCAAGCGCACGACUAAUCGACAAGCUGCAGUCUUAGAUUCGUCGGCACUGCAUGUUCAAGAGAUUAUCCGAAAGCAUACCGUCAGAUUUGUUGAUAGGCGAGACAUGCUCGAGACCAAGAUAUGGAAGUUGAACAGACGCUUGGCAUUCCUGAUGUCUGAGUCGAUGGAGUGGAAACAGCACUUCGACAACUUUCAAAAGUUCACCGACAUGUUAUCGAUCGAAUCUCAAGAUCUCAAGACUCGUCUAGAGAAUGAACGACGCGAGCAUCACACUUUGACCGGCGUGGUAGCUGAACAGAAGUGUCGACAAGUUGAACUCGAGGGCAGGUUAUUGGAAACUGAAAAGGCUUGGAUGGCUGCUCAGGUCGAAUUAGCUAAAGCUCAAGAGAUUCGAGAAGAAUUGCAACGUCAGAAAGAAAUCAUGGUAUCGGAGAUGAAAUCAAUUGCUCUGGGUGGAGAGGACCAAAACAUGGUGGGCCAAAUUGUACCUCGCAUAGGAUCGUACGCUGGUACAGGACCUAUGAGAAGAUCAAGCAUUAGCCACAACCGGCAAAUCUCAUUGACCACUAAAAACUUGCGUCGUCUGAGUGCCCAAGACCGAUUAAGUUCGCCAUGCUCGACUUCCCGACUCGAGCCUCACGAAGAGUCGGAAUUCGAAACCGAUUGUUCUCUUGGUAAGCUCGGCUCCACUGGGGGCUACCACAACUUUCUGGGAGCCGAGUCUGAUGCCGAGACGGUUUCGGAUGAUGCGAGCGGAGUGAGCGAAAUCCCAGAUGAUGAUGAGCGGGCGUUGUUAUCCCGUAGUGCGGUGGUUGAGACGAUGAGAAGCAUCCAAACUCGACUCGAGGCUGCACUUCGUACGGCUGGUCAACUGGAUGAAGAAGAGUUGAAAGGCUACGAGAUUAAUUCGCCAUUCGCCAAGUCGGCGUUCUCUCGCAUGUCGACCGACUCUCAAGGCUCGAAAGUUAUCCCUCUUCAGCGUGGAAGGAGAAAACCGAACAACAGCGUUACCUUCGAGUCCGACACCACCAGUCUCUCCAUCUCUUCUUCCCCCGCUCCGAACACCCAUCAGAAUAACGAAACUCAAUUCGUCUCGGCUGACAGCCCAACUGAUGCCCUUAUGUCUCAGAAUCGCCCAUCUAACCGUCCGGUUGGAUCAUCAGCAGUCUCACUCCUUCUUCCAGGAUCAAGUAUUUUCCGCGGAAAACUGAACAAUGGACUUGGUGACUCACAGACCUCUUCAAGCUCCACUGAAAAAAGUCAAGAGAGCGCCAGUAAACAGGAAAGUGAAGAAGAUGACGACUAUAGGAACGAUAGUCGAUCUGAAGAUGGGAUCUCAUGUGAUGAUGGUGCCUCAUUUGUCAGCGCUAACGAUCAGUCAGAUAGUCUAGACCGUCGACGGAUCUCGACCGAUUCUUGGUCGCUCAACCCAGAUCAGCAGCGCCAAAGUCUUGAACAGCCCAACUCCACCAGCCGAGUUUCAAUCAUUUGUGCAUCACCCUCAAGACCAGAGUCUCAUGCACCAGCUCCUUCCCAGACUGCUCGCAAAUCAAACGCGAGGAAAAGCCUGAAGGCCAGUGAGAUGAUCGCCUUUCCCACCUGCCCGUCUGAGUAUGACGAAGACGAGGAAGAGGGGGACCUGCGGAUUCAGAGAUAUCUUGAUGAUAGUCGGGAGUACGGUUCGGAGCUGACUGGCGAAGAGCAUACAACGACCGACAAGACGGUGAUGGACUUGGCGAGUGCGCAACGAGCGUUUUCAGCGGCCAAGCAGCAGAAUGGGAAGGUCAUCAACGACAGUCUCCGGAGUCCGCGCGAGGAGCCCAAUGGGAUCCACCACCGGGGCAGCUUCGUUUCCAAUUGCAGUUCGACAACCGUCAAGAACGUCGGAGGGCAAGGCCCGCUACCGCAUUCACCACUCGUCCCGGCCCGCACCCUCCAUCGCCAAUCGCGUGCCUCGCACACCACCAUCAAGCUCUCUAAUACCCAUCAUCAUCAUCCGCUCCCCCCGCUGCCCCCUUCCAUCCCCAGGGCUGAUCUCGUCGACUUCCCUCUAGAUCACCUCCGACUUAACGUCGGAUCGAUCCAGUCUAGUCGCAGACUCCGCUCGGUUCCUUCCCCUACUACCCCUCUCUGUCCCGCUAGUAUUCGUAAUCUUAAAGAGAAUAACGCCAAUUGAUUGAUAUAUAUAUAUACUUCAAAACUUCUUUUUUUUUCUCUUGGUUUCCUGCUUCGCUUCUUGUCACCUAUUACCCCCCCCCCUACUCUUUAUAUCUUUCUCUUCUCAUUAGCAAGCCGUGCCUAUCUACCCUAUGUUAUCUUUAUUUAUUCGCCCCCUUGUCUUGCAUUUUCUUUUAGAGAAAAAUGAAGGAUGAGGCAAGACUUGAGAUAUAUAUAUAUAUAUAUUGUGUUAUUGUUCUUACCUGCCUGUCCCAUCUUCCCUUUCUUUUCUUUUUCCUCCUUCAUAAGCAGAUCAUCUUCUCUCUCUCUCUCUCUCUCAGUAUUCAUCUUUCAUUCGUUUGCUUGGUCAUUGUUGGCGCUUCUUCUUUUCUCUUUGUUUCGUGCUUCGUUUCUCUCUAUGCUGUCCCCCCUCAACCAUCCCGCUCCUCAUCCACACACACACACAGCUAUUAUUAUCAUUCUUAUCAAUCUUCCCCACCCUUCCUUCUUCAUAUUUUCUUUUUUUUUUGAUGGUCUUGUUGUUCUUGCUCUUGAUUGUAAUGUUCUUACGUCUAUCCCAUUGUGUUCCCCCCCCCCCCUUCCCCCUCCCUUUUUUUUCUUUCUCUUCUAGUCGUUCUUUUUGUGUGUGUGUGUGUUGGUUUAGAUUGGUUUUACAAGUACACAUAAAUUGAAAAUCCGGUGGCGCUUUUCGGCUCUGCAUGUCCUUUCCAAGACGACCUGAUUGUUAAUGAUGACUCCUCCGAUCACCCGUCCCACUCUCCUACAUACAAGAACAUCCUGAAUGCCUUACGUAAUGCUUCCAUGUCACUCCAUCGAUCUCCUUGCUCACACCUCUGCUUCUCCUCUUCUCCCUCAAAAGACUUAUCCCCCCCU